AUGGUUCUGCCACGAAUUGUACCGUGGGCAAAUAGAGAAGAGUUGGAAGAACUACAAAAAUGGUUCUAUCCCGAAAGAACGGGUUCACCAAAUGCUGUCGAAGGUGCUGAUUGCCGAUACAGGGCAAUUCAAAGAGUAAAAUGCUAUCAGAGUAGGGGCUCACAGCAUCUGCCUCAUGUAAUAGACGCAACUGCACAGAUAAGUAGUUCAAUGUUGCUGGACAAGCACAGUUCUAGCUCAGACAAUGACAAUUUUCCGACCAGAUUGAGUUACACAAUGUCACUAAUUAGAUUUGUAAACGGAUUACUGGAUCCGACACAACAAUCUCAGUAUGCUAUUCCACUUCACACUCUAGCUCAAAAAGUCGGUGUACCGUCAUUGUUCGUUGAUCUCAGACACGAGGGAACACAUGAAAGAGAGAUGCCUAGUUUAGAAAUGCUUCGUUAUGUAGCAAAGCAAGCAUUAGCAUGGUUAUGGGAUAAUUACUGGAACGAUGAUCAAUUGGAUGAAAGCGACGAUGAAAAUAUUAGUGACUCAGAAGACGAACUCACUCUCGAAUUGCAGCAAGGGUUUGAACUAGGUCUAAAAUUAGUAGAUCUUUUAGAAGAAUACAGAUGGGUUUGGGAAAGCAACAAUAUCAAUUUGAUAAGCAGUGAGAAUUUUGUGGUGGAGGAAAAAGUAAAACCAUCAUCCAAGAAAGAACGAAACCUGCCACCAAAUGAGCAAAUCAAUAAUUACAUCUCGAAAUGUAAAUCCUUGUGGAUUCGAUGUACUGAUAAGAGUCUAUUCAUGGAGCGAUUUUUACUUAACUUUAAGCCAACUCUUCUGCAGCUCUAUAUCAGGAAAAUGAAAGGGUUUGAUCAGGAGUUCUAUUCAUGGAUGGCUAUGGCGUUCAAAAAACAGAUAGAUGGCCAGCAUGACGUGUUGAAGAAAAAGUUUCCCAGUUGGAAAUCACUUGAAAGAAAUUUACUGCUAGUUUUUAUCGAAUGUCUAGACCCCAACCUUGUAGCAUCGCAAUGGGCUAGCUGGGAUAAAUUAUUGGAAAGAAACGUAUCCUUUCUAACGCUAUGGAUAUGCGAGUCACUAAAGUUGAAAAUCGAUGAGCAUAAGAGUUUUCAUGCGCACAAGAGGCGGAAGAAGAAGAAGCAAACAGUUGGUAUUGACAAGCUUAUUUGUCUGCUGGAAGAGAGAAUAGCCAAGCUUCACAAGCUCUCCAGUAGUACGGACGAAAAGCUUUACGAGCUAUCGUCGUCAGAAAUAUGUGCAGCCAACAGCACCUACCAGAACACUCUACAAAAGAAUUCUCAGAAGACAAGCGACAUUCUUAGUGACUUAGCCAGUCUUAAAGAGCGAAUGAAAUGUCAUAAGCCAGGUGGACAGGACCUUGCCGACAAUUUAACGGGUCCUAAGCUAUGGUCACGACCAACUGACUGGAAGCCAAGGCCCUUCGGUACAUUGUAA